CGAUCCACUAAGAGAACAAUCCAAGCCUCCAUUCUAAAACUGCAACAUAAUCUAACCUGCUGAAUAAUCUCAUUUAAAGUGAAUAUUACACACAUUAACAACCUCAGCGGUCGCAAUUAACACUCUAUUUCGGAUAAAGACUCGUCGUGGACUUGGUUCUCAACCUUGAAAGGAGCGAUUGGGAUAGCCUCACCUCAAAAGGACGCCUUUUGUUCCAUUGUCCCAUGGACCUUUCUCCUGUUCUCCUGUUGUUUCAUGAGAAGCUAGGCGAAUGGUGCUUUCGGUCUACUUCGAGUCUAAGGCACAUUCACUCGUGGCUACACCAUGGAGCAGGAUUUCUUAGGCUACUCAGACGAGCCUAUAUCUGCCAUUGCCGAGCAUUUGCUACAGGAUCCAAAGUUUGGGUUCGAUCCCAACGAGAAAUGGACGGAGGAUGAACUGGACAGACUGGUCUUUAUAGCCACAGACAAGCUCGAGAAUGAUACUGAUCCCUUGUUUGGCAGCAUCAGAAUGCAGGUGGACUUUGAUCGUGUGUAUAAGACCAGCCAGGCUAUCCAUAAUAGCUUUGAACGACAAAUUGAACUGAAGAUUCGUCCGUUGGUGCACGAGAUCUGCGAAUCUCAUCCCAGAGUCAAGAACAACGCGGACUACAUCCAGGACAAACUAGCUCAAACCAUCUUUCUCAGUUCGGGGCUGGGCAGCCCAUCGGCCCCCGCCACCCUCCGAGAGAUCAAGAUAAUCUUGCAAUCGGUCUUCCCCUUACAGAACGUGAAGGUCUUUGUCAACCAAUCUUUAGCGAACAAGAAGCUUCAGGUCAAAGAGCUCCAGCUAUUGGUAACGGGAAUUCGGAUUUUCAAUUGGGAUUGUCAGACCGGAGGAGUGCCAUUAGAGGACGUGCCGGCCUCAGCCACCCGAGAGUCUGAUAAGCUUUUGGACGACAUGGGGGCUAUGAAGCUCUAUGCCGUCAGUAAAGCUUGUGAAUUCACCGCCUUGGGCGAAGUGAUCUUUUUCGGCGAGGCGGGAUCCAAAAUUUCCGACAAAGAAGCGUAUGACACGAAAUUUGGCACGGCCUUGCUUCGACAGUUCAUCGUGUUUUUGAAUAUCCUCCUCGAGGAUGCUAAAACGAGCCAUAAUCGGAUCAAUCAUCUGGACCGAGAUUUAGUGUAUCAUCUCAAUCUUUUGAGGAAGUCCUUGGCUCAUCAAGAGACCGUGUCCACGUUCAAAGUGUUUCCUCAAUUCAUGGAACUGGCCCGGAUUUGGACCAAUUUCCGGAAGGAACUCAAAGUGAUCCGAUACCUUCAACAUGCCACGGCUCGAAUUCAUCGGGAAUCUCGUUGUCUGAGGCACAUUUUGGUAAAAGCUAUGCUUACUCGAUGUUCGAUCACAUCGAUUCCCACCGAUGAAGAACGAUGUCCCACGGACAAUCUCGAGGUGUCCACGCGAAAGUUCAAGGAGUGCCAGUACACGCCCAGAAAUGGACACGACGGAACAGUGAUCGCUCCCCGAGAACUCUCCGGCUUUUGUCCGGUGGCCUUGGCCAUUAGCAACGGCAUGCUCAUGCCCGCCAAUCCCAAUCUCGGACUGAUUCAAUAUCAAGGAAAAUAUUAUGAGUUUUCCUCGGUUCAACGAGCUCAGCAAUUCGGUCGCAAUCCGGAUGUGGUCAUGGAGGCAGUUCAUCGGAUUUUGACCAAUUUCCCAUUGCUUCAAAAACUGUUCGGGCCCACCAGCCCAUCCCAAACACCUGGACCCUCUUCUCCUUUGGCAAGUUCGAAGGAGGUGUCGAUUCAAACGCCCGUCCACUUCCACCACUCUUUGAAGGAUCCCACAUACGAAUGGAACGAGUGGACGAUGCGGAUGCAAGCCAUCCAGUGGAUCAAAAUGCGAACCCGCCGACAUCAGACGGCUCAAGCCGGUCAAAGCGCUUUUCGGCGAGAACGCGGCACCCAAAGUUCAAUCAGUCUCGAAGACCAGGACAAACAGGACAGUUCAGCAAACGAGGCCACGCAAACCGAUUAGAUCGACCUUUGCCAGCCAGGAUUACAGCAAUUAGAACUCAGUAAUCGCAUUGACGUCAUUGUCAUUUUGUGACCAUUCAACUAGCUUCCAACUCAGUAGUGUAUAAUCAGUGUCCAUUCGUAAUAGGAUGUUUCUUUAUCCACUCACACUAACAGGCUCGACUCAGCCAGUUCCAAUCCGGAUAUCUCACAGGUCCGCCUGACACUUCCGGUUUUAGUAUCGGGAUGUUAUUAACAAUGGACUUGGUCGGGGCGUGCUUGCAUCACUCACUUUUCUCGGUUGAGUUUGUCCCGUGGAAUUUACUUACGGAGCAGGCUUGCUAGCUUGAAAAUGAGCUGGGAGGCCAGAAUUGGGCUGAUUGGAGGCCAGGCUACCGUGGUCCGUUUCUGUGGAUCUCAGAUCAGAGGCAACCUUAUUUUAUAAAGCUUUUAUUCAUGAAUAUUUUGUUAGUUUAGGGAUAAAAACUAACUUGAGGGUACAUAGCUGAUUUGGCCCCCUCCGAUGUUCAAUGUGAACCAUUUGAGACUUGGUUUGUGAGAGAAAUCUAGGGCUGAGAUGCUAGAGCACAUGUGCAUGUAUAUAUAAAGAAAAACCAUCAAUAACACAGAAUCCGAAAAUUGACCCAUUUGAAGAAGCCCUUUAGAAGUCAGAUUUUUUAAAUCUGGCCUCCAUGACUCUCUAUUGGUAACUUUCGGAUAGCGUUUGGAUUGGAACGAAAACACGUUCAGGUGACCAAAAGAAGGAACGAGGACACGAAAAUGGUGACAGAUUCAUCCUGUCACGUUCAUGUUCACGUUUCAUCUCUGCUCGUUGCCCAAUACCAUUAGAAUAA